AUGCAACGGAUGGAAAUUGCCUCAAACCCCCAUAAUGGCAGUGUUCUAAUGGAUGUGGUCAUUCGCGAAUGGUCGGGUCUCUAUACGACGGUAGUAGCAGACAAGACUGGAGGCGCAAGGAGUGUCGGAAUCGACACUACUGUCGUAUUCGCCAGAGGCUACCUUCAGGAGAGACGAGGCCAAGACUUGGUGCGAUCUGACGAACCAUCCGCCACCGCGGUCCAGAUCUCUUAUGGCCAUUAA